CACAGUUGACACAGAAAUUCUAAAAAUUUAGUAGAACGAAAAAUAUUUAAAAAAUAUUACAAUAUCUAAAUAUCGGUCCCUCUAAUGUAACGAUGGGAAGAGGGGUAGUGGUUUUUAUCAGAAAAAUAUUAAUAUUAGUUUAAAAUUUUGUCAUGAAGCAAAAUACGGUUUGGCAGCCAAACUUUGGUUUCAUACGAAGCGGCUUUAUCCAAAAUAUUCAAAAGAUCUAGAGCCAAGAACCGACCUAAAUAUCAGCGUCACUAGUUUAAUCACACGUAACUCAGUUUGAACUGAGACUGCCUGAUUCAGUACGUCACCGGUAGAGACAUCGAAUGUUACGUAAGCCGUGAGGUGAUUAAAUUAAUAGGUAAUUUGACAAACUACACUUUGCAUUCGCAUUGUGUAAUUGUUAACUCAUCAAUAUUAGCGCUGAGCACGGCAGGCGGGCCAUCAAAACCGUUUUCUUAUCAUCGUUUAUCGAACAAAUACUUGAUACAGAUAAUGUGUCGUUGAAAACCGCGUUGCCAACUUGUGGCAGAAUGUAAUUUUUUUUUCGCCCCGCGCUCGGUCCGUCAUUCGAUGCCCAUUCAAUAUUUUUUCCCGUACUUGUGUACCUACAGUUCUAUAACAGUCUUAUGAUUUCCAUAAAUCGCAACUAUCGAACAACGGUAGAAAUAUCUUUCAAGAAAUUUCCCCAGUGCUCCGGUGCCCUGCUAACGUCAUUUGACCUCUGCGAACAUUAGUAAACGGACGUUAGGUGAAAAAUAUUGAAAAUGGAAUGGAGAGGGUUCGCAUACUUUUUAUUGUGGUAUCUAAGUAUUAUCAGCGGAUUUCUUACCAUAUGUUGUCCAACAAUACCUAUGAUGUUUGUUUGUCCAUGCACUUUCCGUUUUGUUAUCGGCAUCAUAUUCUCAGUGUGGGAAAUGUAUCCCACUAUCUUGAUGCGCAUCUUAUUCAACACUCGUUUUGUAAUGACUGGAGACCACAUCAAUCCUCUUGAUGGCGCAUUAUUAUUAAUGAAUCAUCGUAAUCGGUUGGAUUGGAACUUUUUAUGGGGCGGUAUAUUUUAUGGUGCUAAACCACAAGCACAUAAGCUGAAAAUGGUGCUAAAGUCAGCUCUUAGACAUAUACCUUUUGCUGGUUGGGUGAUGCAACUAUCAGGAUUUCUAUACAUACAGCGUCGAUGGGACCAUGACCAAUCAUCAAUGGAAAAACAGUUGAAAUACUUUAGUGAUGUAAAAGAUGUUAAUCAGAUUCUUUUGUUUCCUGAAGGAACAGAUUUAUCGCUAUCAAAUAUUGAAAAAAGUAACAAGUAUGCUGAAAAACACAAUCUUCUGAAUUAUAAAUAUGUGCUCCAUCCGAAAACUACAGGCUUUGUAUUUCUUGUUGAUACUAUGCGAAAAAAUAAACAAUUAAGAGCCGUAUAUGAUUUGACAAUUGGUUAUCCAGACUUAUUACCACAAAAUGAAAUAGAUGCUUUGUGUGGUGUAUUUCCUAAAAAUGUGCAUUUCCAUAUAGAAAGGUAUGAUGAAUCAGAAUUGCCCACAACCGAAGAUGAUUUAAAGUUGUGGUUGAUUGAUAUAUGGAAGCGAAAAGAAAAAAGAUUAGCAAACUUCACUGCCACUUCUUCAUUUUUAUCCAGUCCACAAGUUUCACUUGAUAAAAUUGUUAUAGAUGAGCCCAUCCAUAAUGCUCUGUAUUUGGCUCUAAUAUUUUGGACUUUAGUUCAGUGUAUGUUUAUUUAUUGUAUUGUAACUUCAUUACUCUUCCAAUGCUGGUGUUUGUUAUGCUGUAUAGUAUUUUUUGGAUUCUCAUUUGUGGAAGAUGGGUUUCAGAUGUUUGAAGUAAAAUUAUAUAAUCAUUUAAGAAAUUAUAAAAAACAAACAUAAAUGUGUUCAUUGGUUUUAAUUACAUGUAUUAGUAUUUAUUGUAAAACUAUGAUUCAGAGAGUUAGUUUAAGGAUUCAUUUUAUUAAGAUACUUAAUUCAUUUUAAUCGUAUUACAUGGAGUGUUUCACAAUAUUUACAAACU